ACCACACUCACCAUCACUCUUUAGUUCCACCACGUCCACAACCGACGCUGCCGACGUAGUCCGUGUCAUUCGCAUACAACAGAAUUAUCUAUCGAAUCUUCUACUCGCGAUCCCGGCCACCAUGGCGUCCCCCGUCACCAUCCUAAUCAACACCCUCGACGGCAAAACCCUCGCCUUCCCCUCCGCAAAGGACGCCCCCAUCUCUGAAAUCCACAGCACGCUCUCCUCGCGCCUCGAAUGGACCCACUCCUCGCCGUACAUCCUCACAACCACAAACCGACGCAUAGUCUCAUCAUGGUCAACGGCACCCACAUCCACACUGCUCUCAUCGGAAUCAGACACGUUCCUCCCGCUCCGGUUAACCGUUCCACUAUGCGGCGGCAAAGGCGGCUUUGGAUCUAUUUUACGCGCCCAAGGCGGCCGCAUGUCUAGCAGGAAGAAGCAAGGCGAGCAGAACGGCUCGUCGCGCAACCUCGAUGGACGGCGUCUUCGCACAGUCGCGGAGGCAAAGGCUCUAGCGGAGUAUCUGGCGAGUAAACCCGAGAUGGAGAGGAAGGAGAGGGAGGAGAAGAGGAAGCGGUGGGAGGAUAUUGUUGCGAGUACGGAGAGGAAGCAGGAGGAGCUGAGGAGUGGGAGGGGGAGGCUGGAUGCCGGAUUCUUGGAAGGGAAGGAGGAGGCGGAGCAGAAAACCAGGGAGGCGAUUGAGGCCAUGUUGAGGGCGGAGGGGAGAGGGAGUAGUGAGGAGGGGGAAGCCAGUGAUGAGCAGGCUUCUGGAAGUUCGUCGUCGAAGCCUGCCGUCGCGCCGAGGGCGAUGUACGGCUGGGAAGAUGAAGAUGAUGAGUUUAUGAGUGACAGCGAGGAAGAAGAGGAGGUCUCGGAGGAGGACGUCAAGCCUGCGUACGAGGGCAAGGGCAAAGGGAAGGCUGUCUAAGAUCGGACGGAUGUGACUUCUGUGCAGCGCGGUUUGGGAGCAGGCAGGGAACAUGAUUCGUCUAGGUUUCCCGUUAUUAUCACUUUUGGGAACCUUGGAAGGUCAUAGCAGGAGUUCAAGGAAAACAUGCAUUAGAUACCCGACUUAUUGACACUUCCAAAGCAGCUAAGUCAUUGUAUAUUUCACUUCAUUCA